AUGAUACAUUUUGUUUUAUUAAUAAGCCGUCAAGGCAAAACGAGGCUUGCAAAAUGGUAUAUGCCCUUAUCUCAAAAAGAAAAAGCAAAAAUAAUCAGAGAAACUUCUCAAAUAACAUUAAACAGAACCCCUAAGUUAUGUAAUUUUGUGGAAUGGAAAGAAUACAAACUCGUAUUUAAAAGAUAUGCUAGUCUCUUUUUUAUUCUAUGCAUUGAUAAAAGUGACAACGAAUUAAUAACCCUUGAAAUUAUACAUCAUUAUGUUGAAGUUUUAGAUAAAUAUUUUGGAAAUGUUUGUGAAUUAGAUCUAAUAUUUAAUUUUCAUAAAGCUUAUUAUUUACUUGAUGAAAUAUUAGUAUCUGGAGAGUUACAAGAGAGUAGUAAAAAAAAUAUACUUCGUGUUGUAACAUCACAAGAUUCAUUAAUGGAAGACAAUAAAAGUAAUAAAAAAUUAGGAUCAAUAAUAUAA